CCGACCGGAAGAGCGCCGAUCGCUUGGAACGCAGAGCGGCGCAGCCGCUGGAACGCAAAACCCGGAAGAGGUUGUAGAUUAGAAGAAAACACUUCCUGAUCUUGGGAGGAUAUGGUGGUGGCUUUAUGAAUAUCGAUGUGAAAUAGAUUAAGCAGCUCUACCACCGACAGAGGCCAGCUGUACAAAGUCACCUGCUGCAAUGGACAAGGACAGUCAGCCCGUUGCAGAGAGGAUACUAAACCUCGCCAUUGAGAUCAUCUGCCUGCUGACCGGAGAGAGAUUCCCUGCUGUGAAGUCUGGAGAUCUGGUGACCAUCGCAGUGCCUCCACCUGACUCCCUGACGGUGGAGAGGAACAGCGAGCAGAAGAUCCUAGAAGUCACCCAGAAGAUCAUUGCGCUGCUGACAGGAGAGGUUCCUAAUGGCUCUGAGGAAGUCGAGGUCUCCAUUUCGGUGGAGCAAAUUGUUCUUCAGGAGGCAGAGAAGACCCUGGAGAAGGACCCAUUGGUGGAGAAUGAACAGAUCCCCGAAUCUGAAGAUUUACUUGAGCCCACAAGCACCCCUCUAGUCCCCGAUGCCUCUGUCCCCUCUCCGGCCUGCUCUAACGAAGUCCAGAACAGCAACGAUCAAGAAGACAGCAUGUCCACCAUGUGCGAUCCCAUCAUGAGCAAGUUGGACCUAAACUCGGCGGUGGACUUUUCAUCGUGCGACGAGGGAGACCUUUCCGACGGCGACACUGCUGCACCCAUCGAGGAGCAACAAAUGCCUGUUUGUACGGACGAUUCACAGACUGUGGAGAGGACGCCGUCUACCCCGGGUGGAACCGACUCCCCACAGCCAGCCGCUACUUCCGCAAGCCAAUUGCCGUCGGCUACUGCCGGUGUAGAUGUGGAGGCGCCAACCUCAACCGAGCCUUUGCAGCCUACCACCAAUCAUGUGCUGUCUACGCUGACUCAAAUGGACCAUGUGCAGUCUACCAAUCCUAUAACAUCUACGUAUGUCCGGACAGACCACCCAACGUCGGCAGCUGCCGCAGCGGACAAUGUGUCGUCUACGGUGACUGAUAAAGACCACCUGCCACCUACACCGGUUCAGGCUGGUCACAUACAGUCCUCGGGUACAGACAACACCCAGGCAGCAGUUACUCACACACAGUUCAACACCCUUUCAGCCAUCUUUACCGAUCCCACACAACCUACCGGUGCAGACCUAGCAAAUUGUACGCCCGCCAAGGAACCCGCGCGGAAGCCACGAAUCUUCUCCCCGGAUAAAAAGCCCAUGUGCCCCGACUGCGGAAAGUGCUUUCGGUGGCAGUCAGAAGUCCUGUUCCACCAGAGGAAGCACACGGGCGAGAAGCCUUACUGCUGCGCCAAGUGCGGCCAGUGUUUCAGCCGCAUCCCGCAUCUGGUGAUCCACGAGCGCAGCCACACAGGAGAGCGCCCCUACAUAUGCUCCGAGUGCAAGAAAUGCUUCGGCAGCAAAUCCGAACUCAACGAGCACCGCAAGAGGCACCGGGGGUUGAGGAUCCAUCCGUGCCCGGAUUGCGACAAGGCUUUUAUCACCAAAUCGGACCUGGGCAAGCACAAGCGCAGCCACACGGGGGAAAAGCCCCACCCGUGCUCCGUAUGCGGCAAGUGCUUCACGUUGCGCUCUGGCGUCAUCCGCCACGAAAAGACGCACACGGGCGAGCGGCCGUUCUCGUGCACGGAGUGCGGCAAGGCCUAUGUCAGCAAUUCGGAGCUCAUCAACCACAUGCGGACUCACACGGGGGAACGGCCUUUCACCUGCCUCGACUGCGGCAAGUGCUUCUACAGCAGCUCCGACCUCAUGAAACACCGCCGGUGCCACUCGGGGGAGAAGCCGCACGCCUGCUCCGUCUGUGGCAAGUCUUACACCUCCAAGUCGGUGCUGUACCGGCACCAGAAGAUCCACACCAAGGUCAAGCCGUUUACCUGCGACACCUGCGGCAAGUGCUUUACAAAGGAAAAGACUCUGGAGAACCACCAGAAGAUUCACAAGAAGAUCAAACCGCACUGCUGCAUGGAAUGCGGAAAAAGCUUCUACAGGCCCUCGGCGCUGACCAAACACAUGAGAACCCACAAUCCUUAGGGAGCUUUAUCUGUGCCCAGGAAACCGCUCAAAAGUGUACUGAACGUUGAUCAUGCCACUUUUUAUUAUGUGAAUGAGGCUUAAGUUGGGACCUUUUUAGGACUUCAGUGGUCAAAUAGAGCAUCGUGUUUCAUCUCCUUCAUUGAUAAAUUUGUACAUGUUGACAUUUAUAUUUAAAAAAAAAUCAAUUUACCAAAAAAGUA